UCCUUCAAAAAGAUAGAGAAACGGAUAAUUUAAGAGAGAGGAGAGAGCUGAAACAGUACUGUUUUCGGCAAUGGAGGCAAUGCGAUUUUUGACUGUUCCCUCCCGCCAUUUCCGGACGAAUGCUCAUCCUUCUUCCGAAAACAGAAGGUUCUUCACUCCGAGAAACUGUGCCGUGGCGUCAAUUCAAGUUGGGUCUUCAUGGACUGGUUCGGGCUGUUCUGUUCCACUUUCUUCCCGGAAUUUGUUCACUAGAGAAUUAUGGGGCUGGGUGAAUUCCAAGAGUGUUGCACCCAGGAGAGAGACUCAUAAUUUAAUCAAAGCAGAAAUGUUUGGGCAGUUGACUAGUGGUCUCGAGGCUGCUUGGAGCAAGCUUAAAGGAGAAGAGGCCUUGACAAAGGAGAAUAUUGUGGAGCCUAUGCGAGACAUUAGGAGGGCUCUUCUGGAAGCUGAUGUGAGCCUUCCUGUUGUCAGAAGGUUUGUGCAGGCCGUGAGCGACCGGGCUGUUGGUGUUGGCCUUAUUCGAGGAGUUAGGCCAGAUCAACAAAUGGUUAAGAUUGUACAUGAUGAACUUGUGAAAUUAAUGGGUGGAGAGGUGUCUGAACUGGUUUUUGCAAAAUCUGGACCAACUGUAAUACUAUUGGCUGGUUUGCAAGGAGUUGGAAAGACAACUGUUUGUGCUAAGUUAGCCAAUUACCUUAAGAAACAGUGCAAGAGUUGCAUUCUUGUUGCUGGUGAUGUACAGAGACCUGCUGCAAUUGAUCAACUUGUUAUUUUGGGGGAACAGGUGGGUGUGCCUGUCUAUACAGCAGGGACUGAGGUUAAACCUUCUGAAAUUGCAAGGCAAGGUUUAGAAGAGGCCAAAAAGAAGAACAUAGAGGUAGUGAUAAUGGAUACAGCAGGAAGGCUUCAGAUAGAUAAAGCAAUGAUGGAUGAAUUAAAAGAAGUGAAGCAAGUGUUGAAUCCUGCAGAAGUCUUGCUUGUUGUGGAUGCAAUGACUGGCCAAGAAGCUGCAUCCUUGGUCACAACUUUCAAUCUUGAGAUAGGGAUCACUGGUGCCAUUUUGACAAAGCUAGAUGGAGAUUCUAGAGGUGGUGCAGCUUUGAGUGUGAAGGAGGUGUCGGGAAGGCCUAUCAAGCUUGUAGGACGUGGUGAGCGCAUAGAGGACCUUGAACCUUUCUAUCCAGAUCGUAUGGCUGGACGCAUCUUAGGAAUGGGAGAUGUUCUCUCAUUUGUAGAGAAGGCACAGGAAGUAAUGCGUCAAGAAGAUGCUGAGGAGUUGCAAAAGAAGAUUAUGAGUGCUAAGUUUGACUUCAAUGAUUUCCUAAAGCAGACUCGUGCUGUUGCACGUAUGGGUUCCAUGACCCGUGUUAUUGGAAUGAUCCCUGGGAUGGGGAAGGUUACUCCUUCUCAAAUUCGAGAAGCAGAGAAGAGUUUAAAGGAAAUGGAAGCAAUGAUUGAAGCCAUGACACCUGAGGAAAGAGAGAAGCCGGAGUUGUUGGCAGAGUCUCCAGAGAGGAGGAAACGGGUUGCUCAAGACUCUGGCAAAACAGAGCAGCAGGUGAGCCAACUUGUUGCUCAACUCUUCCAAAUGCGUGUUCGCAUGAAGAAUUUGAUGGGUUUAAUGGAAGGUGGAUCUAUCCCUGCAUUGAGCAAUCUUGAGGAUGCAAUGAAGGCUGAACAAAAGGCUCCUCCUGGUACUGCAAGAAGGAAGAGAAGAUCAGUGUUGAAAAGGCAGUUUGCCAACUCAGUACCUACAAAGCCAAGCCCCCAUGGUUUGGGGAACUAAGCAAAGUUUUUCAAGCAGUACAAAAAAGGCAGCAGCACAAUGGAUUGUAAGCCUUGGAUUUUGCUAAGAGAGUAUCAUCUUAGUAACAAUGUGAAAGUAGGCAUUUUAGGGUUCUUUGAAUGCAAAAAUUUGAUGCAUGCUUGUCUGCAAGUACUAAAGAGAAAAUGAUUUUGCAAAAGUUGAUAUAACCAAAAAAAGGAGGAAAAAAUGUAAUUCAACAUUUCCAUUGCUUGUUUGAGUAGAUUAGAUGUCCAUUUAUAUGAAAAACAUGCCUUUUUUUGAACAAUCAAAUCUUUUGUCACUU